AUGAUUUUCGAAACCAUUGACCUGGGGGUCAUGCAGAAUGGCACCCUCGAGGAUCAGAAAAAAGUCGGGGAGGCGAUCAAGAAUGCCCUUGAACGACAAGGAUUCCUGAAGCUAAUCAACCACGGAAUUGCGCCUGAGAUGAUCGAGGAGUUAUUUACAUGGAGCAAGCGAUUCUUUGCCCUGCCCGAGGAAGUCAAAGCGAAAGCGCCGCACCCGCCGACCCCGACGCCCAAUCGAGGGUAUAGCGCGGUGGGGAUGGAGAACACUUCUGUGCACGGCAAUCUGGGCAAGCAAGGAGGGAAAGUCCUCCCCCCAUUGAUCGAUAUGAAGGAAUGUUUCGAUCAAGGCUCCGCCACGGACGAGCUCUAUCCCAACCUCUGGCUCCCAGAGUCCGAGCUCCCGGGCUUCCGGGCCUUCAUGGAGUCCUACUUCGAAGCUGGCUUUGCCUGCCAGCAACGCAUCCUCCGCGCGGUGGCCCUGGGGCUGGGCCUGCCCCCCACCGCGUUCGACCAACUCCAUGACCGCCGCCACAACGAGCUUCGUCUCACCCACUACCCGCCCAUCGAAGCGCGCCAGCUCCAGGACGGCACCAAGACCCGCAUCUCCGAGCACACCGACUUCGGCACUAUUACCCUCCUCUUCCAGGACGCGGUGGGCGGGCUGGAGGUCGAAGACCACGCCUCCGCGGGCACCUUCCACCCCAUCGAGUCCGAGCAUCGCGACGAGAUGAUCGUCAACAUCGGCGAUUGCUUCCAGCGCUGGUCCAACGGGGCGCUGCGUUCCACGCGCCACCGCGUGCACGUCUCCCAGCGCGAUCUGCACAAUCAAUCCGAGUUCCUGCCGGGCCGAUACUCCGUCGCCUACUUCACCAAACCGAAUCGCGAUGCGAGCGUCGGGUCCAUGCCGGCGUUACUGAAACCAGGGGAGCGCGCGGUCUACCCCGACCUCACGGCGGGCGAGUUCGUCUUGCAGCGCUCGGCGACGACGUACGGGAGUUACCAGGGAGCCGGGGAGAAGCAGACAAAACUGUAG